GUAAGAACCCCUAAAUGCAAGCACUGUGUGGGUGGGGAAAUCAGCGUGAAGCGGAUCCACAACUUGCUUCUGACAUUUCUCCCUGCCGUUAUUUCGUAUACGUGAUGUCCACACGCACACUAUUUUUUGGUGUCCCCUCUCCGUUACGCUCUCCACCGUCGUGGACGCGACUUCGCAAUCCCAUAACAUGGCUCGAAUAUUAUGAUGAUUUGGGCUUUCCUUGAUCGUGAGGAUGCUAAGGUUUGGAGCAUCAUGUGUUGUAAAGUGGUUAUUAUAUGUAGGGCUUUCUAUCAGUCGCCAAGUUGCGGCAGUGGUUGACACGACUCCGGUAUGUGACACGAAGGCUCUCAAACGCAUACUCGGCAAACUUCCCUUCCAUGGAAAGGACGAGACCCCACCAAUGAUUUCACUAGUGGGCGAGUUGAGCUUUGCGAUUGAAUCGGAGGGAUGCGUCCUGGCGUCAAUCCCGAACAACCCGCAUCUGUUGGAUGGCGAUGUGGGGCCGCGAGAUUUUGUCGAGCGCCAGAGGAAGCUACUUGCCAGUGCUCCAGGAAUCGUUCAGAUGCAGCCCCUUGGUUUUGAAGUGGACCCUGAACCACUCCACCAGGUCUUCAUGGACAGUGGAUGCGCGCAGCGGGACGUUUACCGUCAAACCGCCUGCCCAUUGAACCCAGGUGCUUACAAAUCGUUGCGUGGGCUUCGUGGGUUUAUUGAUUUCCUUCAAUCAUUCGAGCCUCCGCUGAUCAAGGAAAUUGAGUUCAACUAUCUUACACCAAGUCAGUUUGUUGAGUGGCAUGGAGAUUUUGCAAUCGGCCUAGUUGGCGCGAUAUGCACAUAUUGCAACGUAAGCACAAUUGAGAACUUUCGAAGUGUAGGUUGGGAAAGAAAUCACCCAGCCGUGAUUCGAAUUCAUAUCCCAUUGACAGGACAAGAACACAUGCGGUUUUUUGCUUCUGGCAAGGCUCUCCAUACGCACAUGCAGUCGGGACGUGCAUACGUGUUCGACGCUUACCAGCCUCAUACAUUAUGGAACGCUGGCAAUGAGUCGCGCACUCAGUUGAGCAUUGACAUUUGGGCAUAUUCCAUACCCAGGCGAGACACGUUCAAGAAACUAUUGAAAAGUAAGUUGAUGCGCAAAAUUAUCACAGCCUUCCUGCGGCUUGGAUAUCACAACCCUGGCAACAAUGCAGUGCGCAUCGGCUUAGAGAAAGCAUUGUACGAGUACCAGCGCAACGUAUGUACUUCUGGAAAGGAGACAGUCGAUUUUAUGGACGAGUUUGCGCGUUGUAACCGGGAGCGGGUCAGCGCUGGGUUGAGGCCGCUUAGCAAGUACCAUUUCGGAACAGAGAAUGCGGCGAUUGCGCGAUUCAGAAGUGGCAUCCCAUGCAACAUGGAAGCCAACAUCACUGCUUUUUUCAUUAACCAGCUUGCUUCAGAGGAGAUCCACGUCUUCUCUGUGAGUGAGCAGGGGCACGAGCAGCCAAGAGGCAGCUUGCGGCCCGGAUCACAGCAGACCUUCACAACGUACCCUGAGCAGGUUUGGCUCUUCCGGUCAGCGCCAGGAGCAGAUGGUGAGCUAAUAGAAAACAUUACAAUCGCUGGUCAAGCCAGCCAGACCUACAGUUUGAAUCCAAGCAGUCUCCGUCAUAAGUCUGCAGAGCUUUAGCUGUGCGGGGGAUUUUCCAUCGGCAUCUGAUCCUGCUCUUUCGAGACUCGGCGCCAGACCGCCGCAUAAGCAUGCCCCAACUAGGCGUGUAUUGGUGCAUUGCCAACUUGCUUGCGCACGUGCACAAACCAAUUCUGAAUUUGCACGCCCGUCCCAAGACUCGAAAGUACCGUUUCCUCUGAAGUAUGGGCCAUUUAUCCCCGCCAAUCGUGCGGGGCAUGGACCAUAAUUGUUUGGCCAUGUUGCUGAUCGGAUGUGCAAUGGGAGAUCGUCGCCCAGGCAAUUUGGAUUUCUUGGGUUACGGCGUCGUUGCGUACCAGGCUUGACAAUUUUAGUGCGGGGGGGUGAUGGUUUGGCGCGGGCGUGUGCCACGCCCGGCUGGCCUCCUGUCCAGUUGGUCUUAUGUCGAUGCGCCCGUUCGUAUUUCUGUUCGUGCUAAUUGCAAGUAUUCCGUAUCGAAGCUCUCCUCCCGGCGUCUCGUCCGUUGCUCAAAUUAUCGCUGCGCCAGUAUAAUUGCAGCGUUGGGCGUUUAUUUGCUCACCAGUUCCAUCGCGUCGAAGCCUUUCCAUGCGAUGCCGAAAUGAAUAUGCUGAUAGUCUUCUGUCAUG